AUGACAAAUUGUAAUAGAAGUAAUGCUGCUAUAGCACCAAAAUUAAUGAAACAAGUUCAAGUCAAAUUAAAAGAAGUACAACAAUUAUUCCCAAUAACUACAAACUCUUUAAUCAUUGAUAAAAAUGGGGAAAUAAUUGUCGAAACAUCACAAAACAAUUUAGGACAAAAAGAACUUUCAAAUACAAUUCAUCAAUUAAAAACUUAUGCAAUUUCAUUUGUUUCAACAUUACAAGAAAAAGAUGAUUGCUCUCAUAUUCAUAUUAGAGGAGAAAAAAAUAUGUUUUCAUUUUAUAUAGUUAGAGACUCUGUAAGUAAAUAUAGAGAAGAACCAUUAUUCAAUUUAGUUAUUUUAGCAUUUUUCACUCAAAUGGAUUUUGAAGCUGGUAAAAAGUUCAAUUUUCAACAAGCAGAUGAUAAAGUAAAAUUAAUUUGUCAAGAUCUUCUCCAUUUACUCGCAAAUACAAAGAUUUAA